CAUCUCAGCCUGGAGGGCAUGGCCCAGCGGUUGCAUAGGUCCCUCGGUUUCUGCAGAGCCCGGGAGUCACCCUAUUUUGGUAAAGAGGUUCAACUGGGAGACCCCUCACACACAGGUGAAGGCGUGGCUGUAGAACCUCAGACCCCCUGGUCUCCUCAGGAAUGAAGGUCAUUGCCAUCCUCACCCUCCUCCUCUUCUGCUCCCCCACCCACAGCAGUUUCUGGCAGUUUCAGAGGAUGGUCAAACACAUCACGGGGCGAAGUGCCUUCUUCUCAUAUUACGGAUAUGGCUGCUACUGUGGGCUUGGGGGCAAAGGGAUCCCCGUGGAUGACACUGACAGAUGCUGCCGGGCACAUGACUGUUGCUACGAGAAGCUGAAGGAGUUCAGCUGCCAGCCUGUGUUGAACAGCUACCAGUUCCACAUUGUCAAUGGCACAGUGGUUUGUGGAUGCACCCUUGGUCCUGGUGCCAGCUGCCACUGCGGGCUGAAGGCCUGUGAGUGUGACAAGCAAUCCGUGCACUGCUUCAAAGAGAGCCUGCCCACCUAUGAGAAAAACUUCAAGCAGUUCUCCAGCCGGCCCAGGACAGCUGCCCCCACCCUGCAAAAAAGCCUGAGCUAGCCUGCUGGAGAAUGAGGGCCCACCUGGAUCAGUUGUCUCAGCUGAUUUCAGACACGUGAGAGAGAGCUCAGCGAGACUCAGCUUGUAGCUGACUACAGAUGUGUGAGGGAACCUGGCUGAGACCAAAACAACUGUCCAGCUGAGCCCAGGCUAAACUGCCAACAUGCAGAAUUGUGAGCUAAAUAAAGGCUGCUGUUCUAAGUCA